AUGUACUCUAAGAGCGCUAUAAUAACGGUUUUACUUAACAUAAGCAUUUUCAUUCCUGUGAAAACUGGAUUAGAGGAAGAUAUUAUACUUCACAGAAGUCGAAGACAAUUACUUUUUCCCAAUUCUACUUUAUUACAACUAAACAUUGGCGUCGGAACUCCUACUCCAAUCAAAACUAUCAACAUUAACUGGGCUUUCCAAGCUAACUUUCAACUACCGUGGAACAGGAGUCAGAUACCAGUAGAUAUAUUUGGUGCUAAUUCUGGCUACGUCGGCACAGCGAGGAAGAAACGUGAGUUAACUUAUAAUGACGAUGACACAAAAUUGUACGACGUUUAUAAGUAUGUGGAGGAUAUGUUAAAUGGAUUUGGUCAGAACGGCACGUCGUGUGUGCUAAGAACAUUAUGUCAGCUCGGAGCCCAGCCGCUCCACUCUGUAAAUAAUGAGGAUCUCCUGCACGAAAUAGCUACUUUUGUACUCAAUCCUCUGAACGAUAUAGAAAACGAAGAAAAGAAAGAAUCAAACAGCUACAUAGAAGCUUACAAAGCUGGGCAGCGCCAGACAGACUGCGAUUCUUUAUAUAAUUAUUGUUCUCUUUCACUGAUCGAAAUGUUUUCGGAAUUACAU